AUGUUAAAACCCCACAGACUGACACCUUUUAUAACCCACACAAGAUUAACCUCAGUCAAACCGGCUUUUUAUGGCGCUCGAUACGCUUCUACAGUGGAGCGUUUGCGGACUCAAAGACAGACAUUGUUCCUCCAUGGGGUGGAAGCGGGGCUUCGUGCCGCAGAACAGACAAUGUUGUCUAUCCCAAGAGUAACAGACGAGGAGCUUUUGCUCGAUGCGUUUCGCCAUUCCAAACGGUAUGCCUUUCUAGGGGAUGCCAUUCUAGAGUGCACCACCCUUUCUUUGCUAUCUCGAGGUUCUUCCCAGCUGCACCGAAAAGCUAUGAAAGCGAUGGUUACCAAUGCCAAUCUAACCAAAGUCGGGACACAGCUAGGGUUCUGCAAUCUUAAGCUACAUGAAACAUUUCCGUCAAGCGAACCUGGAAGCAUCUUCCACCCCAAAAGAAUCCCCGAUUUGGUAGAGGCCUACGCUUGUGCCUUGUUUCUAGAUGGAGGCUCUUCCAGUGUCCAGGUUAUCUAUCCUUUUCUAACGGCCGCUUUUCCGGAAUUGAGACCCUCAAUUUUCGAUAAAACUGUCCUGGAGCCAGGUAGCACGAUCCAUAGGAGCUCAGCUGACCAAAGAAGCUUGAACAAAACACUUCCCAGUUCUCUUGGCCCCUUUGGGGCCUCCCUCAUAAAGCUAUGUGUUUCGCUCCAGUUAUUUCAGAAUUUUCCGCACUUUGGACAGAGGGAAUACUCCGCUAUACGUGCCCAACUCAUGAGUGCACAAAAGAUGUCACAGAUUAGCAAGCAGGCGGGCUGCAAAGACACCCACGCCCUUAAGUCGUACGUUGCCCUCACCUGGGACAGAGGCGGAAAUAUAGACGAAAUCCGAGCUUUAACUACGAACUGGUUUGAGAAGGACUUAUUCCCGUUUUACAAGCGGCACGAUAUUAUGGCCGGUCUAGUUAAAUGCUAG